AAACGUCACUAGAUGUAUUUACCUAUAGAUAUGUUGUCCAUGUUUUUAUUGAUAGUGGUGUUAGCGAUUUCACAGGCUUAUGUUAACAUUGCCCUCCAUAAACCAGCAUACCAGCAGUACCCAUUCAACCAUAGUGAUGACAGAUUUGACGCCAGCAACGCUGUGGACGGACGUAAAUCUGACCUGAGCGGGGGCGGUGGUCAAUGUGCUGUAUCAGAGUACGGUAGACAAACUGCCACCUGGUGGAUGGACCUGACCAGCAUCCACAGUAUACAUCACAUCACUAUCUACUUCAGGACGGACAACUCUGAUGACUUCUUCCGAGGAAAAAUAGCAAGAAAUUUACUUGAAUUUUCCGUGUAUGUCUCCAAUACCACGGAUAGAUCAAAGGGGAUGUUGUGUUACAAGGACGACAACUUCACAAUAAACACAAUACCUUCUGUCUUCACAACAAACUGCUCUGUUCAUGGACAAUAUGUCAUCUACCACAACGAGAGACUACCAGGAGUUGUCUACCCUGACGGUUAUUAUAGUUAUGUAAGGAAUGACCUCUGUGAAGUAGAGGUGUAUGGAUGUCCAGAAACAGGGUUUUACGGAUCUAACUGCUCCAUUCCGUGUCCAGACGUUAACUGUCAGUACUGUCACAUAGAGACGGGCACCUGUCAGGGAUGUAAACCUGGGUACCAAGGUCAUCACUGUGAGUUAGUGUGUCCAUUAGGAUCAUAUGGUGCCGCAUGCAAAUUAACGUGUGGACACUGUCGAGACGUAAACCAGUGUGACCAUGUUACUGGGACAUGUUUAACUGGAUGUAGUGCUGGUUAUAUGGGGGAUUUAUGUAAAACACUGUGUCCGUCAGGAUCCUAUGGUGCUACAUGCAAGUUAACAUGUGGAAAUUGUCGUGACGUAAACCAGUGUUACCAUGUAACUGGGACAUGUUUAAAUGGAUGUAGUGCUGGUUAUAUGGGAAAUUUAUGUAAAACACCUUGUCCUUCUGGGUUCUUUGGGCAAACCUGUUCGGGGAUAUGCAAAGACACCUGUUCAGGAUGUAAUAAUGUCAAUGGUUUGUGUGACUCUGGAUGUAUCCCUGGUUGGAUGGGUGACCUCUGCAAUAAAGUGUGUCCCUCAGGAUCCUAUGGUGCUGCAUGCAAGUUAACGUGUGGACACUGUCGUGACGUAAACCAGUGUGACCAUGUUACUGGGACAUGUUUAACUGGAUGUAGUGCUGGUUAUAUGGGGGGUUUAUGUAAAACACUGUGUCCAUCAGGAUCCUAUGGUGCUGCAUGCAUGUUAUCAUGUGGAAAUUGCCGUGACGUCAACCAGUGUGACCAUGUUACUGGGACAUGUUUAACUGGUUGUAGUGCUGGAUAUAUGGAGAAUUUAUGUAAAACACCUUGUCCUUUUGGGUUCUUUGGGCAAACCUGUUCGGAGAUAUGCAAAGACACCUGUUCAGGAUGUAAUAAUGUCAAUGGUUUGUGUGACUCUGGAUGUAUCCCUGGUUGGAUGGGUGACCUCUGCAAUAAAGGUAUUGCUGAUUUUAAGCAGUGA